GACUUCAUUGGCAGCUCCUUCGUGGCCGCGCUCGAUCAGCCCGGCCUGACUGAGCAGAUCGACCUCCUCCAUGAGGCAACAUGUGCCAUUCCCAUCAAUGAUGGUUUCGCCGUUGUCGAGGACGCUCUCUCGGCCCUGGGCACCGACCUGAUAGCCGACCUGCUCAAAUACCACGUCGUGGCUGGCCAGGGCGAUGUCUGGCACUUUGAUGACUGAAGUCGGAACCCAGUUAGCGACAUUGCAAGGCCAGAAUACCUUUGAGCGUCUCAAUCACCCCUGCUGGAGAAUACUUCUCUAACAACGCUGAAGUCAACUACGUCCACUUAGCGGUCUCAGAGGGUGUUGUCAUCUUCAUAGACAAUGUGUGGAACCCAAAUGCGUCGUGGAGUCCC